AUCGUCUUAUAGAAUGACAUUAUAAACGAACUUGUAAAAGAAAGUGACUUGUUUUUCGAGGAGGGGAGAAAGUGACCCAGAGAAGUCUUCGGCUGAUCAUCCUUUCGGAUCGUUUAUCGUCAGUCGUACGUUGAACAUUCACGCGUAGAGAAAACAACAUUUUGAAUGGAUUAAUGCGGAAGUAUUAAUAUUCUUAUUUGAGAGAAUAUCGUUUUGAUAAAAUUAAAAGUUUUGUAUGCAAUAAAAAUACGCGGAGAAAGCGGGAAAUUCCAAUCAUUAUCAGUGACUAAAAGUGUGAUUAACUAUGACGCAUACUAUCAUGAGGCAAUCAAGAUACUUACGUACAUUUCUAUCGAUUUUAUUGAUGACAUCGGCAGUAAUCAUCAUAGAAAUUUCGGCUGAGUCUUCUUUUACGAAAUCAACAAACGACACGAAUAUACCUGAAAGUCGUAGAAUAGGACCUUGGAGCGAAAUUUUAGAAGAUUGGAUUGUCACUGCCGCGAAUCCUGGCAUGUCAAGAAUAUCGAAGGUAAUGAAACUAAAUGACAAAGUAUUAACAGUAUCGACCAAAGGAACACAGAAUAAGAGAGACGUUUCUGAGACAGACAUUUAUUUACUCGGUGCAAUUGAGAAACUUGUAUACAGAGUGGAUUACGUAGAAAAACGUCUCAGGAGAGCUGAAGAACUUUUGUAUUAUGUUAUUUCUGGAUCUACCGCUAACAAAGAUUCCUGCCCAUCGAACUACACGAGCAUCGGUCAGUAUUGCUAUUAUUUUAGUGAUCGUGAAUACGAUUGGAAGUCAUCCGCCAGUCUUUGCCGAGGUAUGGGAGGACAUUUGGUCGAAUUCGAAACCAUUGUUGAAAAUCAGGAUGUAAUUUCGUAUCUCCAAGGAAAUGCGAAGCUCAAAGGCAAAAACUUUUGGACAGGUGGUUUGAACCCUGGCCUUUUAUGGAUCUGGGCCGGAAGUGCCAGACCUAUUCAUAAUGAUACGAAACAAGCUGUCGUUGGAAACGGCAGGUGUCUAAAAUUGUCCUACGAUCUAUCUUCGAAGAUUUAUUCUUAUAAGGGUGAAGAAUGUGCGUCAAGGCAAAAAUUCAUUUGCGAAUUGACCACAGACGACGAGUCAGCGAAUAAAAUUGAGAGAACAGCACGAAUGUUAUCCGAUACUAUAUCCUGAAAGAUAUAGACAUUGGUGAAUUUAGUCUUCAAGAGUCCUAAAAUAUUUUUUUAAUGGGGUUCUAAAAUUUUUGAACUCUUCAUGUAAUUGAUGAAGUGAGAAUUUGAUUACCGCAAAUAUAGAAAUAAAAAUUAUAAAAUAAAAAUUAUAUAAAUUA